CAAUAAUAAUAAUAAUAAAUUCUUUAUUGCUAAUCUUUCACACCUUUUAUUAUUAUUCUCAUGAUUCUUAUAUAAUAUACAUACAUAUAUAUAUAACUUAUUCCCCCGCAUCUUUUGAUCCGUGCUCUGUGAUUCCCAGACCUUAUUUUUUCUGUCAUUUGCUUCAAAUUUCAGGAGAUUAAUUAUGGCUCAACCCACAACAAGAAUAGGCCUUGCUGGAUUGGCUGUUAUGGGCCAAAAUCUGGCACUCAAUAUUGCUGAGAAAGGCUUUCCCAUUUCUGUUUACAACCGAACCACUUCCAAGGUUGAUGAGACAGUAGAACGAGCAAAACAAGAAGGAAAUCUUCCAGUUUAUGGCUACCAUGACCCUGAAGCUUUUGUUCAUUCCAUUCAAAAGCCUAGGGUGAUAAUAAUGCUUGUUAAGGCUGGGGCACCUGUUGACCAGACCAUUAAGACCCUAUCUGCGUACAUGGAAAAAGGUGACUGUAUAAUUGAUGGUGGUAACGAAUGGUAUGAGAACACUGAAAGAAGAGAGAAAGAGGUGGCUGAAUUGGGUCUGCUCUACCUUGGGAUGGGAGUUUCUGGUGGUGAGGAAGGUGCUCGUAAUGGUCCCUCUUUGAUGCCUGGUGGUUCGUUUGAGGCUUUCAAAUACAUAGAAGAUAUUCUUCUCAAGGUGGCAGCUCAAGUACCUGACAGUGGUCCUUGCGUGACUUAUAUUGGUAAAGGUGGUUCUGGUAAUUUUGUGAAGAUGAUCCACAAUGGCAUUGAGUAUGGUGACAUGCAGCUGAUUGCAGAGGCCUAUGAUGUGCUGAAAUCAGUUGGAAAGUUGUCAAAUGAGGAACUACAAAGUGUCUUCUCAGAAUGGAACAAGGGAGAACUUCUGAGUUUCCUGAUUGAAAUCACUGCAGAUAUAUUUGGAAUUAAGGAUGAUAAGGGAGAUGGAUAUCUUGUUGACAAGGUCCUAGACAAGACUGGCAUGAAGGGCACUGGUAAGUGGACUGUUCAGCAAGCUGCUGAAUUAUCAAUUGCUGCUCCCACUAUUGAAGCAUCAUUGGAUGCAAGGUUCCUGAGUGGGUUGAAGGAGGAAAGAGUUGAAGCUGCAAAGGUCUUUAAAUCAGGUGGCAUUGGUGAUAUUGUGACUGAUCAACCUGUAGACAAGCAGAAGUUGAUUGAUGAUGUUAGGAAGGCUCUUUAUGCAGCCAAAAUCUGUAGUUAUGCACAGGGAAUGAAUUUGAUCCGUGCAAAGAGUAUUGAAAAGGGUUGGGAUUUGAAGUUGGGUGAACUGGCCCGGAUUUGGAAAGGGGGUUGCAUUAUUAGAGCAAUAUUCUUAGACAGAAUCAAGCAGGCAUAUGAAAGAAACCCUAAUCUGGCAAACCUUCUUGUGGAUCCAGAGUUUGCAAAGGAAAUAAUUGAUUACCAAUCUGCCUGGAGGAGAGUUGUUUGCCUUGCUAUCAAUUCUGGUAUUAGCACUCCAGGUAUGUCUGCUAGUCUUGCUUAUUUUGACACUUACAGAAGGGAAAGGUUGCCAGCUAAUUUGGUGCAAGCUCAACGAGACUACUUUGGUGCUCAUACAUAUGAAAGGGUUGACAUAGAGGGGUCUUACCAUACUGAGUGGUUCAAGCUUGCCAAACAGUCAAGAAAUUAGAUUACUGUAUUUGAGCCAAUCAGGAUUUUCCUAAUAAAUGUAAUAUUUUCUGCUCAGACUGUAUGCUGAGUUGAGUUUGCAUAUCCACAAUGUGGUGAAGUUUUAUUAUAUUAUUUCCAACUGAAUUGCUUGGCAGUUUGUUUUCCAACAACUAUGUUGUAUCUUUGCUGAUCAUGCUUGGUGCUUGAUACAAAAUUCCCAGUUCAUGGUGCCUUUUUAAUUUUCACAUUUUUAUAAGAUUUCCUUUAGCACCAUGGAUACAUGUUAUGUUACAGCAGGAGUUGAAAUUUUUAGUUUUAUCUUUAA